AGCAUUGUCAUCUCUGUCAAAUGCAGCCCAGCUAAGUCAGCACAGCUCAGAGUGAGAGAGGGGGAGAGAGAGAGAGAGAAGUGCAAUGAGAGAAGAAGGGCUUGAAAUUACAGCUGGAUGGUCAUGAGCUUUGAUGAGCUGCAGCUGUACCCGACUCCUGCUGAGAGCACUUGUACAAAAUCCCCAAUUUCACAGCUUGCUUUAUUUUCCCUUUUCUUUCUCCCCGAAGAAAGUAAACAAUUCUCUGGGUGCCGAGCACUGAGCACUGACUGCGUGAUCAGAGCGCUGAGGGUUGUGCCGCUCUGAAGGCUUCAACGAAAGAGAAGGGAUUCAGACAGAAUGUGAAGCAGAGUCUCCAGUCCUGUGCAAUUGUCUUUGCUGAGAUGUGAUACUGUCACUGUGUGUAAAAACCAACAAUUUACAGAUUACACCAUGGAGAGCAGUGAGCCCCCAGUCCCCUCGAGAUAAAGGAAAAAUGCGAAAGCAAAGGAUAUUCAGCAAUAACAAUUAGCAAGUUAUCAAAAAGUUACAAUGCCUGGAUAUUUUCACGACAUCUGCAGAAUGGCUAUGAAUGCUGAGGAGUAAGUGCAUAACAUGUUGCCUUACGUGUCAUAAAUGAAACUGCAAUAUGUCAGGCAUGGAUCUCCCUUUGGAAGACUACAACAGCUCAGUGCCCGAAAAUGGGACAUUCCUGAAACUCAUUCCAACGUCCAUUUCGACUGCUGUAGACUCGUCCUCUGAGCAGAUGGAGAACGUCUAUGUGUAUGUCUCAAUUUUUUUAAGCCUGUUAGCCUUCCUACUCAUGCUCCUGAUCAUCGCACUUCACAGACUCAAGAACAUCAUUUCCUCUAGUUCCUCAUACCCAGAAUACACCAGCGAGGGUGGCAGCUCCUUCACCAACUUGGAGAUCUGCAGCCUGUCUUCUCAGAGGUCUACUGUGUCCUCUCUGUCCGCCUGAGGUCGUCUUUCAUUUUACGAGUCACAAAGUGUUGGGAACUUCUUUUACCACCAAAAAUGGAAAUCUCUAAACAUCAAUAGGCUUGACAGCAGAUAUGAUCGUUUUGAGGAGGACUGUGCUCCUUUUCCUGCAAAAUGUGAGAACCAGUUCUUACAUGGUGCCCAAAGCAAAGGUUGAAGAAGUGAUGCACCUCACAACAGUGCAAGCUUGCAGAUGCCCAGCAGACCCAGGUGGACCAGUAUAUAUUACCACUUGGAAGUCCUGGUUACAGUCAUUUAGUUACCACUGUUAGAACUGCUGGAGAUCAACACACACACUAGAAGAGCACUUCUUCUGGUGGAGUUUUUGGUGUUUUAACCAAAUUCAUAGUGUUUCAUAGAAGCUACACGCACAGAGAUGGCCAGGUACAGAAAGUAUUAUAAAGCUUACAUCUUGUAUUCAAAUAAAUUGACCUAUAUUUUAUGGUGCAUUCAUAUGUAUGUCACUUCCACUAAACUUUAACAAAAAAAGUAGAUUAUAAUAGAUACAUUUAGUUGACCAUUGAAACUGUAAAUAUUAAAUGUUAGUAUGUUUUUUCAGAAUUAAGUCAAGUAAGCCUGUGUGCAACUAGAAUGAUAGUUACAUCAUGUACAGUACAGGCACCUAAAUUCAUUUGUGUCUUUUCAUUAUACAGAACUGUAUUUAUUCUUUCUGCUUUGUUAAGUAUUUUGUGAUAUGUCCUCUUUUUUAAGUUUAGUUGAACAUUAUCCAUCUUGUGAUAUAUAUUGACAUAGACAGCAAAAGCAUAUCAUUAAGAAUAUAAAUAAUUCUCAAAAUAGAAGGGUGCUUGACUCUUCUAUUUUAAGAUGGAAACAGAGGACAGCAAGCAAUAACAGUAAUCACAUGUUAAUAUUGUUUGAGGAAAAGAUGGAAAAGACAGAUGAGAAGGAAGUUGAUAAUUUCACCAAGGCAGGUGAUAAGGCAGGCUAGGCACGAAAUACGUCUCUUAUUGAUUGAUUAGGAAACAACAGCUUCCCUCAGAGUGAAGAAAUCUGCUCACCUCAGCCAUUUAUCAAUACACAGCCUCCAGACUUUGAAUACCAGCUUAGGUAGCAGAUUUUGAAGUUAACACAGUAAGCAGUUGACAAAAGCCACUUGUUGAGGAAACGAGAGGUUUAUUUAAUUAUUGACACAGACUUAAGCCCAUGCUACACUGAUAAAGCUCAUUGCAGGCUCUAUAUGACCACAUGCUAUCUUUUUCAUAUUUGACAUGUUCUUUAUUUAACUCUGAUCAUCAUGAAGCCUUUUAAAUAAGUAAACUUUCUGGCUUUCCUGCAACUUUUCUUAAAAUUGUUGAUUGAUACAGACUUUAUGAUUUAAAAAUAAAAGAAGCAUUUCAGUCGGUUGCCAGCAUACAGCAAAUGCUGCUAUAUUUGCCUCAAAUGACCACUGCAGAGGAAAACAACUUAAUUAGUAUCUUAAAAUUAUUCAAGUGAAAGAACUAAAUAAAGAACUAGCAGUAAUUGGCAGUUCCUGUCUCAUGCAUUUAUCAUUAAGAACUCAUUAUUUUACAUUGAUUCUCAUUGUAAAAAAGGUGGAAGUCACCUUUAAAUUUUUAAACAUAAAACACUUAAAAUUAAUUUUGUUUUUUUUAAAUUAGAAUUAGAGGACAUCAUAGAUGAAAGCUGCAAACAUUACACUUCAUUAACAGUGAUUACUUCGCUUUUAAAGUGGGACUUACCUGUACAAUUACACCCUAAACUAAAAUUCAGAAAACUAGAGAGUUUAAAAGGUAUCAUCAUCUUUGUUCUUAAAAUGCAAAUAACAAAGCAUGCAUUGCUGGCAGAAAAUAAAAUUAUUUCAACAUCAA